GCAGCUGGUCUGAGCGGCACCCAGGUCUUUACGGGCUGCCCUGCUCCCAGGGUGCCCCUGAACCCAGAAACCUGGGGGCUGUGGGAGGGAAGGCUGCGUCUGCUUUGCUCUCCAGGGAGCCCCCAGCAACGGCGACAGCAGGAUGGGUGGGCGGCCCUCGAGCCCCCUGGACAAGCGGCAGCAACAGCACCUGAGGGGCCAGGUGGACACCAUGCUGAGGAACUUCCUGCCCUGCUACCGCGAGCAGCUGGCAGCCUCUGUCUUGCAACAGAUCUCCCGGGAGCUGGGGCCCCAGGAGCCCGCCGGGCGCCAGCUGAUGCGCAGUAAGAAGCUUCCCCGAGUCCGUGAGCACCGAGGGCCUCUGACCCAGCUUUGGGGCCACCCACCUCGGUGGCAGCCGAUCUUCUGUGUCCUGCGUGGGGAUGGCCGCCUGGAGUGGUUCAGCCACAGGGAGGAAUAUGAGAAUGGGGGCCAUCCCCUCGGCUCCAUGGCCUUGACGGGCUAUGCUGUCCUGACUUCCCAGCGUGAAUAUCUCCGCCUGUUGGAUGCUCUCUGCCCGGUCUCCUCAGGAGAGCAAACACCAGAAGAGCCUGAACCCCUCCUGGAAAUGCCCGUGAACUUCCCCCUGUUCCUGCAGCACCCCUACCGCCAGCAUCUCUGUUUCUCUGUAGCGUCUGGGGAAGCACAGCGGGCUUGGAGGCUGGCCCUCCAAGGUGGCAUCCGGCUUCGUGGCACAGUCUUGCAGCGCAGUCAGGCCCCCGCUGCCCGUGCCUUCCUGGACGCCUUAAGGCUCUAUCGGCAGCACCGAGGCCACUUUGGCGAGGACGACGUGACCCUGGGCUCGGACGCUGAGGUGCUGACCGGGGUGCUGAUGCGGGAGCUGCUGCCAGCACUGCGAGCCCAGACCCUGCCCGGCCUGCGGGGGGCCGGCCGCAGCCGCGCCUGGGCAUGGACCGAGCUCCUGGACGCAGUCCACGCCACCGUCCUGGCCGGGGCCUCCGCCGCUCCGGGCCGCCUCCGCCCCCUUUGGGAAGCACCUUUCGGAGGAGACCCAGGUUCGUGUCUUCCCCUUCCAGUUGAGAUCGAGGGCGCACUGGAGUCCUGCCUGCGCGGGAGGGUGGACACACAGCUGUCCCGGGUCACACAAAAGCUGCAGAGCAUCGUGGAAGUCGUGCUUUCAGCAGUGCAGACCCUCCUAGCCCAGGGCAUGGACCGCCUGUUGCGCCACCUGCGUGCGAGCCCCUCCGGCACUUGGCUGCGCCGGGAGGUUUACUCAUUUGGAGAGAUGCCUUGGGAUGCGGAGCUGAUGCAGACCUGCUACCGUGAGGCUGAGCGGAGCCAGAGGCGCCUGGGGCAGCUGGUGGCACCAGUUGGCUUCUUCGGCACACGGAGCCUGGUGUUUGGGGCCCAGGAUCUCGCACAGCAGCUGAUGGCUGACGCCGUGGCCACCUUCCUGCAGCUGGCAGACCAGUGUCUGACCACAGCCCUGGACUGCACCCAGGCUGCCCAACAGCUGGAGAAAGUCAGGGGGCGGGUGCUGAAGAAGUUCCAAUCGGACAGCAGCUCAGCCCAGAGGAGCUUCGUCCGCAGAUGGGCGCUCUGCAUCUUCGUGCCCUUCGUACUGAGCCAGCUGAAGGCGAGCUGCAGAGCGGAGCUGCAUGAGUUAGAAGGGGAGGUCCUUGCCGUGGGCAGCCCGGCCCUGACCAUCAAGGGCAUCUAUGAAGACGUUGUCCGAGGGGUCCUGCUGCAAAGGAUUGAUGGAGAACUGAAAAAGGCCCUUGGUGUCAGUGAAGUGUCCUGUGCUCUGGAUGGCUGCUCGGAGGCCCCGUGGGACCAGACAGGAGCAGAUGAAGAAACUGAGGCUCAGAGAGGGACUUGCCCCAGGCAACCAGGCUGGGGUGCCGAGGUCCAGCCACUCUGCUCACGGCCUCCACCAGGCACAUCCGCAGCUGCACCUCAGCCACGUGUUUCCUCAUUCCCACUGGACAAAUAAGUCAAAGCAUACGCACCAUUUCAAGGCUUUUAUUUUUACUUUGUUAUUUUUAAACAUUUUUUAAUGUUUAUCCACUUUUGAGAGAGAGACAGAGAGA